AUGAAUAGUACACCUCCUACGUCCCCCGUCACCAGGAUUUCUGAUGGUGCCUUUCCAUCUAUAAGAAACAAUAGUAAGGAUUUUGCUUAUCACCAACCGCAAAAACAUAAGAGUACUUUUGCAUAUUCGCAUCUAGUGUCUCCCGUAGAGGAGCCAACAUCUAAAUUUAGUGAAGCAUUUCAGACCAAUUAUUCUACUAAGGGACCCGUAGCUGUCUCGGAAGCGCACCUAAAGAACGAUCUAGAUGUGUUAUUUUCGACCCCCCGGUUUUAUUCUCCGGAGAAUUUAGCUUUAAUGUUCCGUCUUUCUAAUACAGUUCCUUCCCUAGAAUUUCUGGAUGAGUUUUUGAUGGGCAUAUUACUUGCACCACAAAUGGAUUUUUUGUCAAAUCCAAGUUAUUCUCUUCCGUCCAAUAAACCUGUCGGGCAAGGGAGUUAUUCGUACGUGUACUCUAUAUCAUCAACUACUUCCUCAAGGUCUAACAAUGAUUCAGGUUUUGUUUUAAAGUUUGCUAAAUCACGGCAUAAAAGCAAAGUGAUUUUACAGGAAGCUCUAACGUUGGCGUAUCUUCAAUACGUGAGCCCUUCAACUAACAAAAGCCAUAUUAUUCCAUUCUAUGGCUUGACAUACAUAACCAAAUCCCAUUUUAGAAGGCUGAGGUCCAAUGAAUGCGUUCCUGGCCUUAUUCUUCCGAAAUGCGAAAUGAGUCUAUAUCACUUCAACACAUCAGUAUCACAUAAACUUUCGCUGAUAGGGAAAAGAAAAAUAUGGUGGAAACUUCUGAAGCAAAUGUUGGAGGCAUUAAAGUCUUUGAAAGCAAAUUGUAUAAUACAUGGUGACAUAAAAACAGCAAAUAUUCUAAUAAAAGGAACGCCUAUUCUUAAUGAGGGUCAUUGCGACGACUUCCAAUUCUAUCUUGCUGACUUUACCUCAGCAUUCCAUAUCAAUCAAUCGCCUACCGAUCUGAAUACUACAGCAGAGUACUGUGCACCAGAACUAAUUGAUAAUUCUUCCGACCAUGUUCCUACAUUUGAAACAGACUUGUAUGCCGUGGGACUUUGUCUCUUGUCAUUUAUAUCCCAGCAUGAGCCCUACAACGAACUUCAGGCAUUAGUGUCGCAUGGAUCCUCUCCAGGUAUUGGCAGUUCAUCUAUACAGCAGUCGCAAUGGUUAAUAAAUGUUCUUUUGAAAAAAGACCCUAUAAAUCUGAACGUGUUGAGAGGCGAUUUGUUCCAGGACUGGAAGUCAGAAGUAACAUUAUUGUCCAAAAUCCUCGUGGAGAGACUGUCUCUAGAAGAGCUGAUAACUAUACUCGAAAAUGACUAUAUAUGA